CUUGGUUCAGACUUCGUGUCGAAUACUUUUCUAUUCAUUUGGCUAUGAACUAUAUCCAAAUACUGCUUCGUAGCUCAUAUCUGUGUCCUUGAAUGGAUGCACAACUUACAAGGAACGAAUACGUAGAUUUGAACCCAUGGAAUGUCAUGGGAAACCGUGGCCCUCUUCGCUGGUGUUCUAUCGUAUUCGUAAAUGAUGACUUUCACUUAUGUGCGUGCCGAGAUGGAAAGUAUCUUUCACAGGCUCUCCAGUUAAUUCUUAUCUCGACCUACCUAACUACGACGCUCCGUCUCAAACCCACUACAACAUUCAACUCGGCCGCUACUCUAACAUCCAUCAUGCCUUAUCUGAUAGGAAACCUCCUAAAAGACAUCGAAGCUGGCGGCCCAAUCACCAGCUUUGCCAAGUCGUUCAAUCACCCACCGAGACUGGAGAAAGAGAAGGAAGCCAUCAUGAUUGACAAGCGCAAGGCAAAGCUAGCAAAGCCAAAGGAGGAUUGGGUGAAGAAGAAGUGGGCGCGAUACUACGAGCUGAACAAGAUGGGCCACGUGAAGCUGAACUUCGACAAGAUGCAAUAUCCUCAGUUUGCAGAGUACAUCAAUGAUGCGCAGGCACAGGGUAGGUAUAGGGUCGCUCCAUCUUAUUUGGGCUCUCGUGAUGAGCCGGCACCUGUGCAGUACAAGAACUUUCCGGACACCGAACUUGCUAGAGCAGCAAACCGUGAACCCCGCCUUCGCAAGAAGCCGGGUAUGCAUGCACACAUCACCAAGGAAGCCGCGGAUGAACAAGAUGGGAGUGAUCCGCCGGGGAUCCAGAAAAGCCAGUGUGACAACGAAGUUUGGUGGAUACGCAGAGCGGCACUUUACACCAAGCAUGUCCAGGAGAACAAGUUUCACGCCCGCCGGUACACCAUGACGGUAUAUCGCGACUCGAGGAAGACAGAGAUUACCUGA